AUGGUGCUGAUGAGGUCAGGCUGGCUCUGGAGACAAACCUCGGUCCUAAAACGCUGGAAGUUAAACUGGUGUGACCUUUGGAUUGACGGGAGCCUCUGCUUCUACAAGACCGACAGCCGCCGUGAGCUGGAGCACCGUGUCAGCCUGAAGAUCACAUGUGUGGAUGUGCGGUCUGGCCUGGAGUGUGGAGGUGUGACUCCACCAGAGAGCAAUCCCAGAGACAAUCUCAUCGUGGUUCAGCUCAGAGACGGAUCAACAAUCAACCUGUGUGCGAACAGCGAGGAUGAGUCUAUAGCAUGGAAACUGACUCUGCUUGAGACCAGGAGAAACCCGGUUUUCACAUAUGACCCCUAUGACGACUCCUACCAGGCUGUCCCCAUCAACGGCUACCACACCGUCUACAUCACACCGGGAGCAGGACCAGGCACCCAUCAGGUGGUCGUUCAGAGGGACCCAUUUGAUGGAGUGGUGGAAAAUCUCGCUCUGGGAAUACUGGCAGGAAUGGCAGCAGGAGCAGCCAUGAGAUCCUUCCUCUGGAUGCCCCUAUUUCUCUGCUGA